AAGCUUGUUGGCCAGACUAUGCAUGGGCCUAGAGUGGCGAUAAGUCUGGCAAGAUUUCUGCCUGAUUUCCUUGUCUCGGUAAUCAGGGAUGGUCCUGGUGAAGCAGUUGUGAUUGCUCUUGAACAAACAACAAAACUCCUGAACUUGUCUGGACUCCAGCAAUGGCUGCAUCGUUGUCUGCACAAAUAGCAACUAUGGCUUCGGAUCUGUACCGUGAACAGGUGAAAGGACGUGUUGUUGAUUGGGAUGUACCUGAGCAGGCUUCUGGCCAACAGGAGAUGAGAAAUGAACCUCAGGUUGGAGGGAUCUAUGUUAGGUUAUUCCUGAAAGAUCCCAAAUUUCCACUUAGAAAUCCCAAGAGAUUUCUUGAAGGGCUGCUGGAUCAGUACCUUACAUCCAUUGCCGCCUCACAAUAUGAUGGCCAAGCUGUUGACACUGAACUUCCUCUACUUCUUUCUGCUGCCCUGGUCUCUUUACUCAGGGUGUACCCCGCUCUUGCAGAUCAUGUUGGAUAUCUUGGUUAUGUGCCCAAACUUGUGUCUGCAGUAGCCCAUGGAGCAAGCAGAGAAACAAUGGCUUCAGAAACCUAUGUAUCUGAGGAUGGUUCGUCGCAACAAAAUUCACAAACUCCUCAGGAGCGAGUUCGCCUUAGUUGUUUACGUGUUCUACAUCAGCUUGCAGGUAGCACCACCUGUGCAGAAGCUAUGGCAGCCACUAGUGUUGGGACACCCCAGGUAGUUCCACUUCUGAUGAAAGCGAUUGGUUGGCAAGGUGGAAGCAUCUUAGCUCUUGAAACCUUAAAGCGUGUUGUAGUUGCAGGGAAUCGAGCAAGAGAUGCACUUGUUGCACAGGGUCUCAAGGUCGGUCUUGUGGAAGUUCUUCUUGGCCUUCUUGAUUGGCGAGCUGGGGGAAGAAAUGGGCUUUGUUCACAGAUGAACUGGAAUGAGUCAGAAGCAGCAAUUGGCCGGGUUCUUGCAAUUGAGGUUUUGCAUGCAUUUGCAACAGAAGGGGCCUAUUGUACCAAAGUACGUGACAUACUGAGUGCCUCUGAUGUUUGGAAUGCUUAUAAGGAUCAGCGGCAUGAUCUUUUUCUUCCUUCAAAUGCUCAAACUUCAGCUGCUGGUGUUGCUGGUCUCAUUGAAAGUUCUUCGUCUAGGCUUACUUACGCACUGACAGCUCCCCCAACUCAACACAGCCAAGCAAGAUCCCCUACCACAGUUACAUCUGAUUCGAAUGGAAUGCAGGGGUAGACAAAAAACUGUUAUGUUAAUCAAAGAGCCAAAGUUAGCUGCAGACUUCUUUCCGACAUGAAUGAUAAGAGAUGUCUUCUGCCCAAGCAACUUGCCAUUUUGGAUGCAUUUCUUCAUUGUAUAGCGAAAAAAAUGUACAGCUCUCCUCCUCUCUGUCUUGCUCUCCUCUUCCCCGUGCACCACACAGUCCAACUUUCAUAAAGCACAAUGAUAAUUUUGUGAAUUGCCGUUAUGUAAUGAUUUUGUACAGUAUGAUAGGCGACAUUGACGACAUAUGUGCUUGUAAAUUUAGUUCCAUUGGUGAGAUUAUAAAUUACAUCCCUCCUGGAAAGUGAUGGAAGAUAUUACCGUGUAUGCAUUUUUUGAACAUUCAUGUCAAAUGGUAUGUGCAAGGUUCACUUGAUAAAUAUUUGUGUU